AUGUCGUCGCAGGACACCAAGAAGUCGAAGAAGAGGAAAUCGAUGGCGGCCGAGGGCAAAGUCGGCGACGUGGCCAUCGAGAUCGCCGACUCGCUGGGUGCGGGACCAGCCUUUGUCAACUUCCCCACAAUCAAGCCGAACAAGAAGGUGCCGUUCACAAUCUACUCUCGCGACUCGGCACCAACUACUUCGGACAUUACGAAGCAGCGCAGCCUGAUAGCGGGCGAGACCGAGGACGUCGAGUUCUUCUCGACCAACCGUGACCGGCAGGUCAGCGGGGAGGGCAGCGACUGCCAGUACCUCGCGGCGGUGUAUGAUCCCGAGACGAACAAGCUCCACGUCACCAACACUCCUCUGUAUCUUCUCGCGCAUAGGGUUAAGCGGUUACGCGACCUCGGACCGAGCGGCACCGCCAGCUUGGACACUCAGUGGAAGGCGAAGCGUAACGACCUCGGCGAGGUGUUUGGUACACGCAAGGCCAAGACCCAAAUCAAGGCUGAGGAGCGUAACAAGGUCGAUGUUAAGGCCAUGUCGGGUGUGCGCGCCGACCUCAUCUCGAGUAUUGCGGCCAAGGAGGCCACCGACGAGACUCCCGCCCCACCAGAGGUCAUCCCCGUGCCCAACCUCACCACGUCCGUCGUGGCUGACGUGUACCCCCGAGAGGCGAUCGUGCCGGACGGAGAGUGGAGCGCUCUCAACGUCACGGACAUUGUCAAGGCCAAGGACGACAAGGAGCGCGUCGCCUGCCUGCCGUACCGCCGCUCCCGGUGGAUCGAGAACAAGCUGCGCGUGGCCAUCGAGGGACCACCCAGCGUGCGCAAGCAGAACCUGCGCUACCUUUUCUAUCUUUCAUGUCUCAUGUCAUUUUUCAACUUUGCGCACUCUCUGCACCGGACAUCGAACGCCGACUUGCCGUCCAAGCUCCAAGGCAUUCCCCCACAAGUGCUGCAGGGGCUGCUGACGCGCUUUUCCGAGCCCGAUGGAAAGAAGUACAAGGUGACGGAGAGGAGCCGGCAGAAGCUCCUCAUGUGGAUCUGCGUGUGUUACCUCGCCGCGGACGGGUGGACGGUCGAUGUCGGCCGCGUCGCCAAGGACCUCAACAUGCCGCCAACCAAGGUCGGCGAGUUCUACAAGUCGCUCGGGUGCACUGUCGAGCUGCCUAGCCCGGCCGAGCGCGAGAAGAUGGGGAUCACUCUCAGCCAGGCGCAGGAGCGCCGCAGAGCUACCCUCAAGGCGCCGGUCAAGUACCCCAAGACGAAGCGCCGCGGCCCAGCCAAGCACUAG